CCCUCGUUCGGAAUGAGCUGGCGGCAGCGGAGGAGGAAAGGGAGAAGCUGGAGCAGCACGAGGAGUCCCUGGCCGAAGAAUAUGAUGCCCUGAACGAGAGCCGCACGAGCUUGCUGAACGCGAGCGCCUGCGAACGAACGGAUGAGUCGUUGCAUGUUCCCAGCGAUGCGAAGGCCGAUCCCCCCGGGAACGAGAGCGAAAUUGAACAGUUGCGACACGGUGAUUCCCUGGCAGGAGAUUUAGAAUCCCUGUACGUGAGCCGCACGAGCUUGCUGAACGUGAGCGCCCAUGAACGAACAGACGACUCGAUGCCUGUACCUGUCGAUGCGGAGUACGAGUCAUCCGGGGACGAGAGCGAAGUUGAACAGGAUCCCACGCCUGGCAUCAGUCAAGAAGAUCCAUCAAAGGCUUAAGAUUUGGAUGAUUUACUGACCAAAGUGAAAGAAAAGAGCGUUAUGGAUUCUUCAGACGAGACACAACAUACAGGAUAAAUAAAUGUUUUGUAUCUGAUUGCCGUAAUAGUUCGUGAGAAUUUAGUGUGGUGUCAUAAGGAUACUUUUUUUGAGGGGGGUGGGGUUGAAGGAGUGGUUCAUUUACUUGAGUAAACAAGACUAGAAAGGAGACAAAAUUUCUUUUAUAAUGUCAGAUUAUUGUCCGUGCUACAAGCUUUGACAUAUUAUUGAUUAUCAUUAAGUUAUCCAUAGAAUGAUAUGUCCUUUUUAUUAUCUUCUUUUUUUUCUCACAACUGCAGUGUAAGUGCAGCUUCCGGAAUGUAGAAUUUUUCAUGAAGUGAAAAAAAUAUAACCAGAAAAUAUUGGGUCAAAAUGUGAUGAACAUGAACAUGGAAUGUCCAGUCUAUAUUUAUUUUGCAUGUGUAUGAAAAAUAUGAGGAAAUAAACCUUUGCCAAAAAAUUAUA